UGCGGCGCCAUCCUCAUCCACGCGGAGUGGGCGCUGACGGCCGCACACUGCGCGCCCUACUUUGGCGCUGGCUCCGAGAUUCUCCUUGGUCAGCACUCGCGCAACGCUGCCGGAUCCGGCGCUGAUGAGUGCGUCGAGCGGCUCGAGGUGGAGACCAUCGUCCCUCACGAAGACUACAACGGUGGCACUUUCGACAACGACAUUGCGCUCAUCAAGUUGUCCGCCCCGAGCGAGUACGCCGCGAUCGAUAUGCUCGACCAGCCUGAUGACGACACCUGGCACAGCGCGGGCACGCCGCUCGUCGUGGCGGGCUGGGGCACGCUCUCGUCGGGCGGCAACACGCCCGACAAGGCACAGCAUGUGACCGUGCCGGCCGUGCCCGAGUGCGCCGAAACUGGCUACGGCAACCAGUACAACCCUGCAACGAUGGUGUGCGCUGGCGAGACGGGGCUCGACAGUUGCCAGGGCGACUCGGGCGGGCCUCUUUUUGGCAUUGACAGCUCGGGCAAGCGCACACUGGUCGGGAUUGUCAGCUGGGGAUAUGGUUGCGCGGCCAACAACUACCCCGGUGUCUAUGCGCGUGUGCAGGCCUACACCGACUGGAUCUGCGACUUGACCAGUGGC